CCCGGUAGUAUCUCUUCUCCAGCAAAGGUUCCCAGUACCGGCGCCACUUGCCACCUGGGAUCUCGGGGGACUCAGGGGCCGGCGUGCGGGAGGCGGGCACUGCUCGGGGUGACAGCGCGAGAGCAUGGCAGCGCAUCUGCGCUGGCUGAGCGCGGGUCCCUGCUGGCGCGCGGUGCGGGGCGCUUGCGGGGAGCUGCGCGCCUGCGGGGAGCUGCGCGCUUGGUCUCCGCGCUGCGCAGCCGGACGCCUGUGCCGCCCCCUUGGAACCGCUUGCCGCGAGCAGAGCCGCGGCCUGGGGUACGGCCCCCGGGUGGGAAGCGGCUCCCGGCUGAGGACUCGGCUAGCUGCGGGGCUGGCGGGGCUGGUGGGACUGGCCGCCGCCGCCUUCGGGCACGUGGAGCGGGCGGAGAUGGUGCGCAAGAGCUCCGGGGCGCAGAGCGCUUCGCCCGGCAGGCCCGAGGAGGAGGAGAACGAUGAGCUGGCCCGCCGCUGCCGCUGCUUCAUGGCCCCGCCGGUGACCGACCUGCGCGAGCUGCGGAGGCGGCCGGACGACAUGAAAAGCAAGAUGGAGCUCCUGAUACUGGAGACCCAGGCCCAGGUGUGCCAGGCGCUAGCACAGGUGGACGGGGGCGCUCGCUUCUCUGUGGACCGGUGGGAGAGGAAGGAAGGAGGUGGUGGCAUCAGCUGUGUACUUCAAGAUGGGCAUGUUUUUGAAAAGGCUGGGGUUAGCAUUUCUGUCGUUCAUGGAAACCUUUCUGAGGAAGCGGCAAAACAAAUGAGAAGCAGAGGAAAACUGCUGAAGGCAAAAGAUGGUAAAUUGCCGUUUUCUGCCAUGGGCGUGAGCUCUGUCAUUCACCCCAAGAAUCCUCAUACUCCUACUAUCCAUUUCAACUACAGAUACUUUGAGGUGGAAGAAGCUGAUGGUAACACCCUGUGGUGGUUUGGCGGUGGAUGUGACCUUACCCCAACAUACUUGAACCAAGAGGAUGCAGUCCAUUUUCACAGGACUCUCAAGGAGGCAUGUGACCAGCAUGGUCCAGAUCUCUAUCCCAAAUUUAAAAAGUGGUGUGACGAUUACUUUUUUAUAGCCCACCGUGGGGAGCGGAGGGGUAUCGGGGGUAUCUUUUUUGAUGACCUCGACUCUCCGUCCAAGGAGGAGGUGUUUCGCUUUGUGGAGAGCUGUACUCAGGCCAUCAUUCCUUCUUAUGUCCCCCUCGUGAAGAAGCACUGUAAUGACGCCUUCACUCCCCAGGAGAAGCUGUGGCAGCAGCUCCGAAGAGGACGGUAUGUAGAAUUUAACCUGCUCUAUGAUCGGGGUACAAAGUUUGGCCUCUUCACUCCGGGAUCCAGGAUCGAAAGCAUCUUGAUGUCUUUACCUCUCACUGCCCGAUGGGAGUACAUGCAUUCACCCUCAGAGAACUCCAAAGAAGCUGAAAUUCUGGAAGUUUUGCGCCACCCAAGGGACUGGGUACCUUGAUGCAGACAGAGCAGCCUUCCUGGGGCCUGGGGGACUCUCAGCGCCCCUCCUGUUCCACUGGCCGACACCACCCCCAUGGCGUGGCUCUUGGUCACCUGUGUCUUAGAGCUCCGGUCUUCUUUCUCUACCCUGGAGUCUGCCUCCUUGACAGGUGGUGAAAUGUGUUUUAAGCACCGGAAGCUUCCGCCAGAUGCUGUUGGUGAUGGGUGGUGAGGUGGCAGCUUGUCAGCUGGUUGAUGUAAAAACUCAUUUGUACUUUAGAAUCAUUUUAUAUGACAAGUUUACAAACAACGAUGUUGUAUUUCCGAGAAUUGAUUAAGGGGAUCUAACUCAUAAUUUGUUUCAGGAAACCUUUUAUGUUACUUUUACUUCAUGUAUUUUUUAAAGAUUUAGUUUCUGCCACAGAAAUCUGUUUUGGGAUAAGUUUUAUUUUCGUUAAUUCAAUAAGAUUUAGAAUGGUAAUUUUAGAAAGCUGCUGGAAAUGAAGGUAAAAAUUUUACUUUGUCAUUGCUGAAGUUUCUUAGAUCAUAAUCUUUAUAUCUUUAGAGACCAUAAUUUGGUAAAAUACUCAUUUUUGUAAUGAUAGAUACUUAGAAACACUGGAAAUUUUCUUAAUCUCUGCAUGUGUUACAAUUCAGUGAUUACAUACAGUUAACUGUAAAGUGACAUCACUGUUAUUUAAACAAGAGAUAGCUAAGUGACAGUUUUGAUUUUUGUCAAUGUUGAAAGUCUAUGCACUUUUCAGCGUGAAAGCUUAUAUCCUUGAAUUCUGAUAUUUGCACACUUCUAUUCCAGACACUUCUAUACAGAGGUUUAGACUAAGAACAAUCUGGGGGAUGUUGUGAAUUUAGGGAAUGUUUCUCAUUUAGGAAGUGAGAAACAUUUUCCUUCUCUAAUUAGAGCAGGCUUAGCUAAUGUAAGAAGCAUGUAGGCAUUUUAUAAACAUAUUUCUUAGAAGAUGGACUAGUUGAAAUCACCCUUUUUAAAUUAGAUUCUGCAAGUCUUACCUUUGCUCCUAGGAGAAAAUCACAACAGAGUUGCUGAGACUUCUUUGUUCAAAUAAUAUGAAUGUAUUUUAUUCAUAAUAUAUUGUAGUUUAUAAGGAAUGGUAUCUUCCUACACAUUAUUAAGCAUUAUUUUGGAAUAUGUUGAAUGUAUGGUUGUGUGUGACUCUUCAGAGCUUGAAGAUGUAUGACUUCUUCAGUUCUCUUCCCACAAGUAUGCUGAUAAAUUUUGUUAUGAAGUAUAACUAAGGAAGGUUUCUAUUUUUCAUUUUUUCUAGGAUAGUUGAUUUAGGAAAGAUGAAUAUUUCUUGGUACUAAAACCAUAAUUCCUCAUUCCUGAAUAUUUUUAGCCAAGAAAAAUGUAAGUUUUGUACUUGAGUUUUCAUAGCAGCUUUAUUCUCAAUAGCCAUUUGGAAAUAACACAAAUGCCCAUCAGCAGGUAAGUGGAUAACCAGGUUGUAAGAUACCCUUAUGUUAAAAUACGACUCCACAAUGACAGGAAACGUCUGCUGAUAAAUGCAGCAACAUGGGUGAAUAUCAGAAAAUGGCUAUGCUAAGUAAAAGAAACCAGACACAAGAGAACACACUCACUGUAUGACUGCAUUACAUGAAAACCUAGAAAAGUCAAAACUCUUAACAAGAGAAGGCAUAUCAGUGAUUGCCAGGGGCUGGGUAGGGGAACUCACUGUGAAAGGGAACAAAAGAAUGUUUUGAAGUGAUGCAGGUAUUCUGUGCAUUGGUGUAUUGACUGUGGCACUGAUACCAGACUGUAUACAUUUAUCGGAGCUCAUUGAGCUUGACACUUAAAAUCAUGGAAUUUUAUUUUGCUUAUGACUUAUAAUUCAAUAAAGUCGGACAAAUGAAAAAAAUAUAUUAUUAGGCAUAUAGGAGCAAAUGUUCAAUAUACUUCAGUUUGCCUUUUACAAUAAAAAGGCACUACCAUAUAGAUAUGCCAA